GUUUUGUUUACUGCAGUCAACUCAAAUUCCCGGAGUCUGUGGCUGGUUUUAUUUCUCCUCCUUUUUAUGGGUUUUAAAAGCAUGACUAAUUAUAAGAAAAUUUCACAUCUCAAACAUCUUCCCGUCAUUUUGCUGAUAUGCUAAUUGAACUAGUUUAAAAUUUGUGUCAUAAAAAAAUCCAUUUUUAAAUGUUUUUUUAGUGUGAUUUUUUUGUUGUUGAACAAUAGACUUUGGGCAGGAGGAAUGUGAUGAGAUUUACCUAUUGUGAUGGGCACUUGAUGAGUAGGAAAGUUUUUCAAAUUGAAAUGUUCCCGAAGGAUUGUGCCAGGUAGAAAAUAUUCCCAAGAUCAUGAACUUCAAACUCUCAAUAAUCACCAUCACACUUUGCCUCAUCAUCAGCCAAACAUCAUCAAAUGACGACUGGGCAAGUCACUGCAACCAGUGUUCGUGUAUACACGUCAGCGGCGUCAAAAGUGCCAACUGUUCAAACCGGGGUUUCACCCAAAUACCAGAAAACUUGGACACAGAUAUUAAGGACAUAAACUUUUUCAACAAUCCAUUACGGUCGCUCGGAGAUGGAGUGUUCAAGGGUGCCAAUAUGGCAAACGUACAUAAAUUGAAAUUUCAAAAUUGCCUGAUUGAGGUGGUGAGCGAAAGUGCUUUCCAAGAGUUGGGCGUUGUUGCUGAAAUAGAUUUGUCUAGAAAUUCUAUUGCUGAACUUAAACGGGACACCUUUAGGGACACUGUACAAUUGAGGUUCCUUUAUUUGAGCCACAACAGACUAAAGUCUAUAGAAGACGGCUUAUUAAGUAACAUGACAAGGAUACAAAAAAUCUAUUUAGAUCACAACGAAAUUGAGUAUAUAAACGAAAACACUUUUCAAAAUCUUAUAGUGUUAUCUGAUGUUAAUUUAGGUUAUAACAAAUUAAAGCGCAUUGAAUUUGAUUUGAAGCAAAAACUUCCAAAAUUGAAUAGUUUAAAUGUAGAGGAAAACCCUUGGGUUUGUGACUGCCUUUUAGAAACAUUCCAUCAAUCAGUUCUUCGCAAUAAUCUGAUAACUCAAUAUACAAAAUGCGAAGAGCCUGCACAACUGAAAAACUUGAAAAACGUAUGGACUGAUAGAAGCGUAAUAUUCGCUUGUGCUCCUACAAUUAUAAAUCCAUCUACGCCAAUUAUUUUGACUGAUGACAAAAAUGUAACACUGACUUGUAAAGUGUUUGCAGAGCCUGAUCCAGAAGUGAUUUGGCUGAAUAAGGGUUUCAAUUUGGAAAAGCGAAUGAAAAAUACCAAAUAUUUUGUUGUAAAAGGAAAAAUUGGUAAUUAUACUUGGAAUAAUGUGACAAUUACUAGUUUGAGGUAUUCUGAUCAAGGAGAGUAUAAAUGUAUAGCCACCAAUGUAGGAGGACAAGACGAAAAAAAUAUUUCGCUCAUAAUCGAGGGCAACAGAUACACGGGCGACUUAAAUACGAAAAUAGGAGGCUCUUUAAUCCUAAUAAUAGGACUCUCAAUUACUCUUAUAAUAAUUUUAUUGAUAAUUCUAAUUUUGUUGUGCAUCUACUGCAAGAAAACCGGGAAAUUUUUCGGCUCAAAGCACGGCGAUUUCAGAAGCUCAUCUGAAGAAUGUAUCAAUAUGAGUACGAAUAUCGAAUUGAAAAAAGGACUGAUGACGGACGUUAAUCCUGUUAGUAAACCUCCCAGAGUGACUGUACCUUCUUCGAUUGUUAGCGGAGGUACUGAAGUUAGUGAUGCCAAGAAGAAUCUUUUGGAUUAUGAAUCUAUGAUUGACUGUGACGAUGACUCUAGAUCGUUUGAUUUCGAUCAACCAUACCUGAGAAAAUCACACAAUGCCUUAUUGGAGCCGGAGUAUCGGCAUUACACGACUCCACCCGAUCUUCUGGCUUUUCCUGCUCGGAGUCAAAUUUCUCCUACAGGAUCAAACGCGUCUACUAUUGUGAUAGAUUCCAGAUUGCCUCCCUCUCGAGGUCCACAAAGCCCAAUCCACAGUCCAAUCUACGACCAGCUGAGCAUCUACAAAACCCUACCCUACUCAAGAUCGCACAGUCCGUUCGCUCAAGGUGCAACUCUGACCAGAAUGCCCAGACUCGGUUCAGGAUAUGUGACAAUCCCCAGACGACCUCGGCAAAGCUGGAGCUCAGAACCGCCUCUACCCAACGAACUAAUCGCAGAGCCCGUCUAUGAUAAUUUAGGGGUGCGUUCGACAGCUGACGGUAGCUCGGUUUUAAGCUUAAACAAAACUCCCGAAGUGACCCUGACGCCGCGCACUAAUCGAAUAUUUCCUUUGACGCCCACGACAAUCAUCGAUCCCAUAGUGGAAUCGCAAGAAUCUCCUGGCUCCAGUGGCCAGCCACAAUCUUAUUUGAAUGAAACGACGCCAACGUCGAAGACUGAUUUUCCUCAAAUACAACCGAUAAACAAACCCAUUGCAAGCCAAACUUUGCCUAGAUUUGUUAAAUUGGCAACGCCGCAAUUGCAAGACGAAGUUCCGUCUGUUGAAAAGAGGAAUUCUAUUGGCAGCUAUGAACCAACGAAAGAAGAAAAAGUAAAGAAAAUCCCUCCUAGACCGCCACCAAAACCGAAGAAACUACAAGCUACGCGUCCUCUUUUCGAAGACGAAGGUGAAGAUGGAACAGAAGUCUGAUUGUUACUAAAACCAGUGCUAGGGGUGCUGGUUUUCUAGCUUUAAAUAUUGCCUCUUUCUUGACCAAUAAAUCAUAUUUUAUAUUUUUUCUAGAAUUAAAUUUUUUUAGCUAUAAUUAGUUGAUAUCAUGAUCGGACAAGCCUUUUUAUUAUAUUUAAUUAAGUCGAGCCUUUAUUGAAAUAAUGUCUAAAUUAUAUUAUAUAUAUUUAAGAAAUAAUAAUUAAAUUUAUUUACAAUUAGAUUUUUUUUGGACAAUUUUAUUUAUUAAUGCACUAAACUUUAACACAUUUACUUUGGUUUCGAGGUACCUUAUACAAUAAUAGAUAAUUAAAGCUGCUUAUAAUAUUCUGGUGGUCAAACAAAGCGUGAUUUAAGGCCAGUUUCCUCAAAUAGUCAUCAUGUAGAAACUAACUCUUAAUAACAAUUCAGUGUUAAUUGAAGUAAAAAACAAAUAAAUACAAUCACAGUAUAACUUAAAUUAAAGCACACAUAUUUUAAUAGAACCGAAACGUUAUGACGAAGUAUUAGUUUCCUCAGAAAUUUUAUUUUGAUUAGUAGUUUCAGGUUCAAUUUCCUAAAAAAUAAUUAAAUAAAAUUCAGGAAAAAAAUUAACAAUUUGGAUUCUCACUUCUUGUAUUUCUGCAGUCUCAGAAACAGUCUUGAUCACGCCGUCUACCAAUAUACCAGCGUACUGUCUUAAUUCGUUAUCCAUUGGUCCAGUUUGAGUAUUUUCCUUUUUUCUUUGACUUACUGGCAAAGGCAACGAAGAUGGACGAGAUUGGUGUAGGUUUUGGUGUUUUUGGAAGGGGAAUACUUUUGCUGCUUCAC